GAAGGGCACGAUUCCAUGGUUGCCAGGUUUGGUCUCCAGGUGCAUCAUUCGUGUUCCAGCAUCAUUCAAAAACAAACAAACAUCUGACGGUCAAGAAAGCUUUGCACAAGUUUUCAAUCGGCUAUUUUUGGAAAAUUAGCGCUUCGACUGAGGAUUUUUCCAUCCUGUCAAGGUCCACAGACUCCCUGAAUAAGGCGAAAGUGACACAACGAACUUCCAUCAUGGAAAAUUGUGACGUUCCUGUCCAUCUGGAAGAUCAUUCCUACUGGAGGAAGAGGAGACUCUCUGCACGCCAGGCAAACCGUGCAGGGAAGAGUGGAGACCACAGCAAGUGUCUGUGCUGCAGCACUGACCAGGUUCUGAAUGUAACCUCCGGGCCUCAGCACUCUGCAUCCACUGCCAACCUCUCCCGCAAGAGGAAACGAAGCUCUGCUCCUCUUCCUUCCAAACCUUCUACUGAACAUCGUGUGACCGUCAAUUUGGUCCCAAGCCUUCAGUCCACGAUCCCACCCGCUGACCUGCCAGGGAUAUCAAAUGUGCCUCCCAGCCCCCAGCCCUCCAGUGCUGAUAAGCAGCUGAGCUCAGCUGGUGUAAACCGUGAUGCUCCACUGAAAAUACACAACUGCUCAGUGGAAGAAUACCAGCAACUAUACCAUGGAGUGGUAGAUGAUAUGCUGAGACAAACAUCAGCUGGUGGAUCACUGCUGUUCCUAAUGACAACAUCAAACUGCUGCCUGGUCAGGUGCUGGAAAUGAUUUGGCACAUCAUCCAAAGACUUCACAGAACAUCAUGAACAUGGUGAUAAAGACUGCAGCGACUUGUGUUCUCCCUCAUCUCCUGCCGGCAUCCUCUUCCAGAAACCUGCACCUCCUCCUCAAUCACCUCCUCCUGCAGAUUCUGGCAGGAACCUGCUGCAUAUUUUGGGAGACAACAGCCUCCGCCUCCUCCUAUAGCUCAUGCAAGAAACCUGCAGUUUCCUCCACCUGUAGAUUCUUGCAGACAGCUGAAGCUCCAAUGUCCAACAUCAUGUGGCACCAACCUAAAGACUGUGGUGGAAAGCUGUGCCAUUGACCUCAACCUACAGACUCUGUCAGCAACCUGCAUCCUCCUCCUCCACCAUACUUGUGCACAGUUGUCUCUCUCUCUCUCACAACCCAACCGGUCAAGGCAGAUGGCCGCCCUCACUGAGUUGGGGUCUGCUCCGAGGUUUCUGUUUCUGUUUUAAUUAAACUUUCUUUUCUUCACU